AUGCUUCAGCAUGACAAGGUACACCCUCUGGACUGUGUUUACAUGGACGUUCAAGGGGAUACUGUGCACCUGCAGGUUCCUUUGGGCCCUGAAAGCAAAGGGAUCACAGCCAUCCCAGGUAGCCCUGACCGUACGGCUGCACUCCAUAAAAGACUGACCAAAACCGAGAAAGACAUACUGUCUCUCAAGACCAGGAUCGCCUGUGAGAGAGCAUCGUGGGAAAGGAGGUUUGCAGAGCUGCAGAGAAAACAGGAAGAGCUGCUUAAUCAGGCUGGAGUGUUGGUGAAAGUUGACCGUUACGACGACCAGUCGGGAGCAGACAAUGGAGUUUUCGAGGAGUGUUCAGGCGGCCUCCCGAGGACGAUGUUCCAACACAGGGGGUCUGAGGCGUCAUCAAGAGGCGACACAAGCAGUUUGUCAGGCAGCCAGUUGUCCUCGUCAUCGACACAGAGCUCGAGGGCUGGCUCCUCCUCGUCUUCAGCCACCAGCGUGAGGUCGUGGAGGACGUCCCAUGGGCCUCACCGGGUCUUUGUACCCCACUCUCCCAUGGACCUGGAGCUGGGUCACCGUGUCAGGAUCAUGCUGCCAUCUGGACGGAUCAGCACAGGGACAAUUCGUUACCUGGGUCACCUGCAGGGGGAGGCAGAGCUCCACCUCGGGGUGGAGCUGCUGACACCUGAUCACGGAUUGCAUGAUGGCAGCCACAGGGGACAAAGCUACUUUGAAUGCAAGCUGGGCUAUGGUGCCUUUGUACCAUUCCACAAGCUACUGAUGGCCUGGGAAUGACAACUGCACAGGCGAUCAUGCUGUGACGCCCCAUCUGGAUGCAUGGAUUUGGG